AUGGCAGCUUUCAUCCACCGCCUGCACCACAACCAGCAUGAAAUGAGACGGUAUUUGGCAGACAGACGAGUUCAUCCCUUGAAUACAUACACCAAUGCUGAACUUAUCCAACGCUAUCGAUUCGACAGGGAAGGUAUUCUUUACAUCACCAAUCUCAUCUACGAUGACAUUGCCCCUAGAGCGAAUCGAAACUUUCCUAUUGAACCCAUAGAUAAGAUAUGCACAGCUUUGCAUUUCUAUGCCACUGGCUGUUUCCAGCGGACUGAUGGCGACACACUUUGUAUCUCUCAACCAUCUGUGUCAAAGAUAAUCACGCAGGUUACCGACGCCUUACUGACCAAACUGCAUCAAUUCGUGCAUCUGCCAAAUGAUGUGGAAAGGCGGCAAAACAUGGACAGAUUUUUUGGUAUCGCUAACUUUCCUGGCAUUGUUGGCCUUAUUGACGGCACCCAUGUGAGGAUACAAGAACCAACGGAGAACGAAGAUCAGUUCGUCAACAGAAAGAGGUACCACAGCAUCAAUGUUCAAAUUGUGGUUGACGCAAGUUACAGGAUCAUCAACAUAGAUGCCCAGUGGCCUGGAAGUGUGCACGAUUCACGUAUUUUGAGACAAAGUGGACUGGGUGAGAUCCUCAACAAUGGAGACGGUCAUCUCUUUGGAGACAGUGGGUAUCCUUCUCGACGAUGGUUGGUCACUCCAUUUCUCAGGCCACAGACUCCUGCUGAGGAACGGUUCAACAGGGCUCACAAGCUCACUCGAAGUAUGGUGGAAAGAGCCAUCGGUCAGCUGAAACGACGUUUCCACUGUUUACAUGGAGAGCUGAGAGUAUCCCCCUCGAAGGCAAGUCGGAUCAUCGGAUGCUGUUGUAUCUUGCACAACAUUGCCAAGAUGCUUAAUAUACCAGACGUGGAAGGAGAAGAUGAGGAGGUUGACUUUAACCAACCGCCACAAGACAAUGCCGAGCAACAUGGGUUAGGUGGCCAAGCAUAUCGGCAACAAAUUGUCAAUAAUCACUUCACACGGUAAAUCUCAUAGAGAUUGUCCGCUGUCCUCUUUGGUGCUCGCUUUGGUGCUGUAUGAAACCCAGACUUCAUGGACAAGCGAGAUGUUGACGCAUGGCUGUCCCCAUCAACAGAAUUUGGACCCAUGUCAGAUGAACUGUGAAAUGAAGAACAAGAACUUAUAUCUAAAUAUAUAUAGCCAUUAUUAGGUUGAGGUGAAGUGGAAAAGAAGUACUACAUGUAUAUCUAUUGAUAAUUCAACUUGAUUAUUCAAAGAAAUGUAGAGAUAAAGGUUA